GUCACUUUCUCUUUCUUUCCAUCCAAACACAGCUUUAAAAGUGGGAGUUGUUUGGACUGGGAACAAUCUUUCGUUAAUGGCGUCUUCCCCCUUUCUGGGUAUCGCAGCUUCCAUAACUCUCCUCCUGGUUUCUCUCUUACUCAUGAGAUUCUUCCCUCUCAACACACCUCCACCAACUCCUCCUCCUCCACCGGGAUUGUUCACUGCACAAAAUUUGGCCCUCUACAAUGGCACCGAUGAUGGGUUACCCAUCCAUUUGGCAAUUCUUGGCUCUGUAUUUGAUGUAACAAAGGGAAGAAGUCAUUAUGGAGCAGGAGGGGGUUACAAUCAUUUUGCUGGAAGAGAUGCUUCUCGUGCAUUUGUUUCCGGAAAUUUCACAGGAGAUGGGCUCACUGACUCAUUGCAUGGUUUGUCCAGCACUCAGGUGAAGAGUGUUGUUGACUGGCGAGAUUUCUACUUCAGAACGUACAUAUUUGUUGGCAAGCUAGUGGGUCGUUACUAUGACAGUGAAGGGAAUCCCACAAAGUAUUUGAAAGGUGCUGAAGCAAAGGCUGCUAGAGGUGCACAGCUGAUGGAGAAACAGAAGAAUGAAGAAGCUAAACUACCUACCUGCAAUUCAAGGUGGAGUCAAGAAGAAGGUUCAGAGGUCUGGUGCGAUAAUGGCUAUCCGAGGUUAGUUCAAAGACCGCUAGAAAUGGCUAUAACAGGAAAAGUGAGCAAGCGCUGUGCUUGCUUCACUGAAGAUGAACUGAACCAGCCCGGACUGGAAGUCUACGAAGGAUGCGAUCAUUUGUCAAAGCUCUGCCGACUAUAAGCAGCAUAGAAGUGUUUUCCUUCGAUGAUUAGUUUAUUUUUAUGAACACGGGGUUGACAAGUUAUACGAGUAGCAAAAUUUUUGUUGAAGGAAAGGAGACUAUGGAAACAGUGAGCAAUGAUACAAGUCGAAACAUUCAUGUAACUUGAGAUAAGAAAAUAUUCAUACGUGGUGUUUUUAUUUGUUUCUUUUGUUUCGAUAAUUUGAUUUUCUAGCUUUAGAUGAUGUUAUUAAAAGUUGUAUUCUCA